AUGAAUAUUACUGAAGAAAAGUGGUCUAUUCAGCAAUCUCAAGUUCCACCUUCACCUCACCAUCCACAUUCUGUAAUGUCACCACAAAUGAGCGGUAUGCCUGCUGACAACUUUAUGCAACCCUUUCCAUAUGACGGACCAACUGCUCAAGGUCAAUUACAUUCCCAAAUCUAUGUGCCAAUUGCCACACAAUCUCCAUCAACCCCUCGACCAACCAACUCUCCAAGCAGCAACACAAACACGUCUAAUCCUGCAUCUGAUCGUAAAGUUAUAGAUAAUCGACCUACAUUCACAACUACUUCCUUUCAUGCUACCCCAUUUCAAGCGGGUGCUGUUAGGAAACGUAGAACUGAUACAUUAGGUUUCUCACAGGAUGUAGGGCCAUUCUUCUCACCAACUCAACAACAUCACAAUAUUUAUAGUGCAGAUAGAACGUUAAGCCCAACUCAUCAUACCAUGAACGAAUCAGACAUAUCAUGUUUACUCGAAGUUGAUGGACAAUUUCAUCCUAUUAGUCAAUUUUUAUUAGGUAUCACUGCAAGGGUUUCCAACAGUGACAAAAAAAUCGAAUUGGUGCAACACACACCAAAACGUGAUAAAGGUCCACAAAUGGUUCCAGUUCCAAAACCUAUUCGUGCAGGUGGAAACUUGAACCUUAGUUCUGUUGGAUCAAACUCAAAUAUUGUCACCUUUGAACGUAUUCAAUUUAAAACUGCAACCGCUAAUAAUGGAAAACGUCGCGCUGCGCAACAAUAUUAUGUUGUAAUGGUCGAUCUUUACGCACAAACAGAAAAUGGUGAACAAUUCCGAGUAGCUACAUCAACUUCUGCUCCUUUAGUCGUAAGGGGUCGUAGUCCUGGUCAUUAUGCUGAUAAUCAUGAUCGUUAUAGUCCAAUGAGCAUGAAUCCAGCAUUCCCAAAUGAUCGUCACAUGGGAUUUCCACAUCCUCAAGGACCAGGUGGUGCUCCCGUUAUGGCACAGGAUUUUAGUGGAGCUUCUUUUCCGGGACCAUACAACCAAUACCCUCCCUUCCCAGGCUUCCCCCCUGUUAAUGGAGGGCCAAUGCGAAAUGAUGCUUUAUUGAUGAUGCCGAAUGGACAAGCACCUCAAUUCCAUCCUCAACAUCCACAUCAGCAAUACAUGGUACAAGGUAUAUCCGAAGGAGAAAACCCUAAUCCAGAUAUGUACAGUAAUGCAAAUAUGGAUACAAGCGUGGUUAAUAAUUCACACGACCAAAAGAUGCAUGACAUACAUAUGGAAGGGGUAACCGCUGCUUCGGCGCCACAUUCAGCAUUUUCAAAUUUUGAGUCCCGUCAAAUUCAAACACCAGGUACAGGACCAAACGCGGCACCAGAAUAUGUUGAAGGAUUUCAUAUGUAUCACAACGACAGUCACCCCACCAGCAAUACAUCCGCACAUGAAGGUUACCAUUCUGAUAACGAGCAUCAUAGCAAUGGAUUAAAUCACAUGAACGGACGACAAACAAGACCAGACGGUUCGUCAGAACAUAAUAAUAAUUCAUCACAAAUUAAUGGUGAUAAAUCAGGACAUGAUUCAAAAUCACCUUUAUUAGCAAACGGAAAUAACAAUACUACGAAUUAUCGAAUUGGAAAAACGGAAAAUACCGAUAAGUUAUAA